GAACCGAACCGGGCCGAAGCGAAAGCGGGAGGAUGAAGAAGGAGCAGGUGCUGAACUGUCGCUUCUCCGUGUGGUACCCGCUCUUCCGCGCCAUCACCAUCCGCAGUACCAUACUUCCCUUGCCAGAGAACGUGAAAGAGUAUUUGCUGGAUGACGGAACGCUUGUAGUUUCUGGAAGAGAAGAUUCUCCAUCUCGCCCUCAAGAGGGGAGUGACAACGAAGCAGAGGAARUACAGUGGUCAGAUGAUGAGAAUACUACAACACUUAAGGCUCCAGAAUUUCCUGAGUUUGCAGCUAAAGUCCAAGAAGCAAUAAGUUCUUUGGGAGGCAGUGUUUUCCCUAAACUUAACUGGAGUGCUCCAAGGGAUGCCUAUUGGAUUGCAAUGAACAGCUCUCUGAAGUGUAAAACACUCAGUGACAUCUUCCUCCUCUUCAAAAGCUCAGAUUUUAUUACUCGUGACCUCACUCAGCCGUUUAUUCACUGCACUGACGACUCGCCUGAUCCUUCCUUGGACUACGAGCUUGUUCUUCGAAAAUGGUGUGAGCUAAUCCCUGGUGCAGAAUUCAGAUGCUUUGUCAAAGAAAACAAGCUCAUAGGUAUCUCUCAAAGAGACUACACUCAAUAUUAUGAUCAUAUCUCUAAGCAGCAUGAAGAGAUCUGUAGAUCAAUCCAGGAGUUUUUCAAGAGAAACAUACAGUAUAAAUUCUUGGAUGAAGACUUUGUUUUUGAUGUAUACAGAGACAGCAGGGGCAGGGUUUGGCUGGUAGAUUUUAACCCCUUUGGUGAAGUGACUGACUCGCUGCUCUUUACCUGGGAAGAGCUGAUGUCUGGGAACAGCUUGAAAGGAGAGCAGGGCGAAGGGGAAGCCACGGAACAGGACUGUCCCGUUUUCCGUUGUACAAACAGCAAAGUUACUGUCCAGCCAAGCCCGUACCUGAGUUACCGCCUGCCGAAAGAUUUUGUGGACCUUUCCACAGGAGAGGAUGUUCACAAGUUAAUUGACUUUCUUAAACUGAAAAGAAAUCAGCAAGAUGAUGAAUGAACUGUCAAGAAGUGUUGCACUGGCUUGCAAGCAAGAAAUGUGGCAAAAUCUAUAUUUAGCCUAACUAUUAAACUAUCAAUUUAAAGAAAAUUGGCUUUUUAUAUUUAAUGGAAGAACUGAAGAGCCGUUCAUCCCGUGUGCUGACUUGUGUGCAAGUGCUGAAAAGCUUUUCCAUGGAAGCAGGAAGGGUCAGGGUGAGCCCUCAUUGCAUUCCAGGUUGGRCACAAGUGGACCAUGGUGCAAGCAGCAAGUUGAGUGCAACUGAAUGACUGACUUCCCAUUCUCUGUGUUGUAAAAAACCUAAGCCAUUGAAAUGCUGAGRCUCUUUGGUGAUAAAUAUUACAAUAUUUAAAUCUUGUGGAAUUAAAACAUUAAGUAUUCUUUAUAUUUAGACACAAUUUUGCU